CCAGCGAGGGCUGGGAAUGGGGCCUCAUCCAGGGGGGCAGCACUGCUGGGGCUCUGCAGGGCUCAGUGCCGGGGCCAGUGCUGUCCAAAGAGUCACCAGUGAUCUGGAGGGAGCGAUGGACUGGGGAAGGGGCUGGAGCCCCAGGAGCAUCCAAGGAGCUGGGAAAGGGGCUCAGCCCGGAGAAAAGGAGGCUCAGGGGGGACCUUCCCGGGAAAGAAGCGACAGGACAAGAGAAAACAGCCACAAGCUGUGCUUGGAGAGGUUCAGGUGGGACAUCAGGAGGAAAGGACUGCCAUGUACUGGCAGGGGCUGCCCAGGGAGGCUCGGAGUUCCCAUCCCAAGGAGUGACUGGAUGUGGCACUCAGUGCCCUGGGCUGGGGAUCAGUCCCAGGUCGGACUCGGCCUUGGCGAUCUUACCCAGCGAAAGGACCGUGGUCCUGUACAGGCUCAGCCGGGCCCGCACGGGGUGCAGGGACCCCGCACCCGCUCUCAGCACCGCUGCUCCCGGCCGGAGCCCGGCCCGGCAGUGCUGCCCCCCGCGCUCGGUACGAGCGGCGACCCUCGGGCCCCUCUCGGUGCAGCCGAGGGUUUGGGGUGUCCGGGGCACGGCAGCCGCAGCGAGUCCCGGUGCCGUCCCCGCCCCCGUGCGGUGCCGGUGUGCGGCAGCGGGGCGGACCCGGCGGUGCAGGUGCCGGGGCGAUGCCGCUGGGGGUUACGGGGGCUCCCCCGCGCUGAACCGCUCCGUGGCACCGGGGGUCCCCUGCCCGCCCGGAGCGGCCGAUCAGUGGGGUGGGCACAGGCAGUGUCGGGGUCACCGGGAGGCCCCGGGAGCAUCACCGGGGGAAGGUCCCCCAUUCCGCCCGGGUCCGCUGCCACCCACGGCCGGAUCGAACCACCCGCCGCCAGCAAGGCCUGGGGCUCCCGGUGCCGGGGAGCGGGGGUAUCUGGUGGUGCGUGCCGGAGAGGCCCCGGCGGUCCCGGGGAGGGUCCCGGAGAGGCCGCGGCGGUCCCGGGGUGGUCCCGGCGGUCCCGCGCGGGAGGCGGCGCUGUCCCCCCGCCGGCCGGAAGCGGAAGUGACGCUGCCCCGAGCCCCCCACCCUCCCCCCGCGACCCCCGGCAGCGGAGCGGCCGCCGCAGGCCCGAUGGACGCGGAGGCGCCCCGGGGGCUGUAGGACCCCCCUGCCCUCCCACCCCCAGCGGCGGCCGGGCCGGGCCGGGGCUCCCGCCGUGCCGGGGGCCUGAGCCCCGAGUCCUCGCCAUGUCGGGGGCCCUCAGCAAGCGCAGCGACCUGGCCAACGACAACCGGUGCCCGGGGCUGAGCCUGGGGCUGGGAGCGCCACCCGAGCCCCGCACCGGGCCCGGGGGCGCCCCGGCCGAGGAGCUGCCCGGCGCCGGCUGGGCCAAGGCCGGGCAGGACCAGAACCGCAACGAGCUGGAGCCGGGCCCGGGCCCCGGGCGGUCCCCCGGGCACGGGGAGUCCCCGGGAGCGCUGGAGCCGGGGAUCCAGGCCCGCAACGCCCGGAACGCCGCCGGCGACCCGCGGGCCCUGCUGAUCGGCGCCUCGGAGGAGGAGGAGGAGGACGAAGAUGAGGAGGAGGACGAGGAGGAGGAGGACGGGCCCGGGGUCUCUCCGCCCGCUCUGGGCACGGAGCGGGGCCUGCGGGAGCCCCCGGGGCGCAGUGCCAGCCGCCUCUUCGGGGGGCCUGGCCCCGGCAGCGACGAGGACUCGAGCUGGGCCACACUGAGCCAGGGCAGCCCCGGCAGCUCCCCCGAUGAGCCAGAGUCGCUGUGGCCGUGCGGCGCGGGAGCGCACGGGGACCUGCCCCCCGGGUGGCUGCGGGUGCAGGACACCUCGGGCACCUACUACUGGCACGUCCCCACUGGCACCACGCAGUGGGAGCCCCCCGGCGGGGCCCACGAGACCCCUUCCGAUGGCAGCACCCCCACCGAGGGGCCCACCCUCUCCUGGACGAGCUUUGCCCCGGCCGAGACCUUCAAUGAUGGGGACUUGUGGAAGGACCCCACAGCUGAGGAGGAGGAGGAGGAGGAGGAAGAGGAAGAUGAGGAGCCAGGAGUGUCAGACCUGGAGAUGCUGUCACCAGGCGCAGGAUCACCAGGAGAGGGCAUGGCCCUGGGCGAGGAGGAUGCGCUGGACUCCAAGGGCCUCCCGGUGCGCUCUCUGGGCUGGGUGCAGCUGCGGGAGGAGGAGCUGGGUCCUGGCCGCAGCAGCAGCGCUGUCAGCGCCUGCAUCCGGCAGCUCUCGGGGCCUCGGGAUGGCCCCCCCGGCACCUGUGGGGAGGCGCGGGCGCUGCUGCUGCUGGAGGACCGCACGCUGAAGCUCGUGGACCCCCAGGACCGGGCCCUGCUGCACGCGCAGCCCGUGGGCGGCAUCCGCGUGUGGGGCGUGGGGCGGCACGGCAGCAGGGACUUUGCGUACGUGGCCCGGGACCCCUUGACGCAGGUGCUGAAGUGCCACGUGUUCCGCUGCGAGGGGCCCGCCAGCGCCAUCGCCGCCGGCCUGCACCGGGUCUGUGCACAGCUGACGGCGGAGCGGCGAAGUGCCCGGGCAGCAGGCAACAGCUUGGGGACAGACCCCCCCCGGCUGGGGGAGCCUCCCUUGCAGGUGGAGUUCCCAGCCCCCAAGAGUGAGGUGGUUCAGCGCUUCCCCGUGUGUUACCUGGGCUGUGUCCCUGUGGCCAAGCCAGUGGGCAUGGAUGUCAUCAACGCGGCACUGGAGGCAGCGCUGGCCCCCGGCUCAGGGGAGCCCCCUGCGCCCACCCCCGUGGUGGUCAGUGUGGCCCCCGCCACCCUCACCAUUGCUCACCGCCAGACAGAGGCGGUGCUGUGCGAGUGCCGUGUGCGGUUCCUGUCCUUCAUGGGCGUGGGACGCGACGUCCGCGCCUUCGCCUUCAUCAUGGCCAGCGCUCCGGGCACCUUCCGCUGCCACAUGGUGUGGUGUGAGCCCAACGCCGCGGGGCUCAGCGAGGCGCUGCAGGCUGCCUGCGUGCUCCGCUACCAGAAGUGCCUGGACGCGCGGCCCCAGGCCUCCAGCUCCUGCCUGCCGGCCCCCCCGGCUGACUCGGUGGCCCGGCGGGUGGGCUCCUCUGUGCGCCGGGGGGUGCAGACCCUCCUGGGGACCCUCAAACCGCGGCGGGGAGGGGCGCAGACCCCGUGAGUGGGGCAAGGGUGUGGGGGGCAUGCAGCCGGGCAAGGCAGCACCGGGGGCAGGACCGCCGACCCAACGCUCUGGGGCACAGUUACCCCAGGUGUUGGGUCGGGGGUCCUGCCCCCACCACUGCCCCCAUGGUGGGCCACGCCCCCCUCAAGGUCCCCAAUGCAUGUGGCGUAACGAGGGUCUGUGUUGUACUAAAUCAUUAAUUAAUAAACCCAUUCCACCAGCCCG